AUGUGCAUUUGCGUACGCGCUCGAAACGGCGCUGUGGAGGCAGCACUUGGAACCGAGCCGCUACGCUCCACCGAAGCUUCAUGUCGCUUUGACCCUACUGAAACACUGAGUACUUAUGUACUGAAGGUAUGGGUGAUCCGUGGAAAGAACCUCAUCUGUGUGCACUGUAAAAAGUGGUUUUGCCUGGAUGCUGUCUUCUGGAUGACGUCUCGUGUGAACGACUGGUAUGGGCAUUUUCUUAGGAGGCGUGUUGUACCAAUACGUCGCGAAGUGCCGUCUAAUGCAAUCACCGAAGGUUAUGCGGUGGUUGUACGUACGCUGAGAUUAACUAAGCUCUUACAUAAUGCACCAUAUCAUAUAUCGUGCUAUUUUUUCGAUUCGAAAACAGGACAGUUUUUUGGAUGUCCUUACCAGUCUGCUGAUAGAAAGGCGGGACACAACGAAUGUAAUAUUGAUGAAGACCUCUUUUUCCACUGUCCACGUCUUGAUGAUUCUGUUCAGCUGGUUCUUGAGAUCGUUCAAACUGUACUUUCUCAACGAGGUGAACAUCAGCCAGUUACGGUCGCCUGGGGCUUGUUGUCCAUAAGCGGCUGCGGCGAAACGAUACUUAAUUAUUCACGUGUACCAUCUGGUUUAGAACUGCACAGAAUAAAAUUGUACCCUGGGUCUCCGAAAGUGCUCACGUUCAACCCAAAAUCACUUCACGAAUCGACAGCUUCGGGAACGCUGGAGUGUUCACUCUACUCUCACCCGUUAUUGAUUGAUGCUGUGGACUACUUCCCGGAUUUCUGUAUUGUUGGGAAUCGCUGUGACAUCCCUGGAUUGCUAAUGAACGAAAGUGGACCACAAUUGGCGACCCCAACUCAAAUGCCACAUGUGCUGUCUUCUUUGGAUGAGAUCGCACUCUCAUUUGGGCCUCAUGCAGAACGAAUUGAGAAACUCGUGCUAGACGAUAUAAACACUGACAGAUUAUAUCGUGAAAACCAUGCCCCGUCGGCUAAAAGCGAACCUAUGCAAGUUCUUGAACGAAGGUUACGAAUUGGUGUGCACAACAGUUUCACGUUUUUGUUUGAACCUUUGGUUGUCCAUUUGUCUACCUUGGACGAACAAUUUCGAGGUACACAUUCACUUCGUCGCAAAGGUCGACCUAUGAGCAGAAGUAGUAGCGAUAUAAGAUCUGAAAUGAACUCCCUAUUCGUGAGAUCACGUGUUUCAUUACCAAAAAUGGCAGACGACGAUCGGCUGGUAAUUGUUUUUGCUCUCGACUAUUUGCUUGGACUUCGUUCAAACGACAAAAACAUCCUCCACAGCCAAUCCAUAAUCAUCUGUUGGGGAGCGUGGCAACCGUUUUCAAAACGUGCGCAGUUACAAUCAAACGGACGCAUUCAAGCAUCAGUUUCGCUCAUCGGUGGUCCUCGCCCCAAUCCUGAAGAAAGUCUGUGCUUCAAAAAUUUGCUUCACUUGUACCGCAGGGACGACAGCAUAUUCACUGAAAGUGCACCAAAGAUCACGAUACAGUUCAAUUUUGUGUUAGAAGAUUUAGCAAGUCGCUCGUACGACUCUUUAUCACGGUCAACCAUUCUUACACCUGCACCUCGCCGAGAGAUAAUAGAUGUUUAUGAUUCUGACAAGGAAAAACUUUCCUCGCCCAAGAAACCAGAAUCAGGACGGAAUGAAUCUUCAGACGCCAAGGAUCACGAAGAUGCCUUGCCACCUAUCAUUACCAAGAGACCCACAUAUACUACCACUCCUAAGUUGCUGGAGAAGAUUGAUAGCAUCAUCGAACAAGAGUCACCUCGACAAAAUUUGCCAGCGUCUUAUGUGCUGCCAAUGAAAGAAGCUAGGGUUUCCAAUGUAUCUCGAUCGGUCUACGCUUUCCUUUCUAAUGUUCAGUUUCCUUGUAUUCUUGAUCGUGACGGUGAUUCGCCCACUCUUAUUGACGUGUCUUCUGCAAUUCUUCCAAACCGAGCAGUGGAAAUGAAUGACGGACUAGGAACCAACGAAAUAAUUCUUCAAUUUAUGGCUCUAAAGUGCCUAAACAAGCGUGACGUGAUUCCGGUGCGUAAGAUAUUCUUUACGCUGGAAUUCUACCGCUUCCAGCAAAUUGCCACGGAAGGACUACUGCUGUCAGAAUCCAGCACUUCUAGUAACGAUCCAAACAUCCUCAAACGUUUGGAUGCUAAUGGUGAAGAAGUCACUGAUAGCGGUUCUGGCUUUACGGUGAAAUUUCUCGUGGAUCCUCAACGACAAAAUGAAAGCGAUCGUGAUGAUUUUAUAACGUAUUUAAGUACGAGUUCAAUUUGUAUAGAGGUGUGGGAUGCUGAGUCUUUGAUGCUUCUUGGAGCCAGUUAUGUUCCUCUUCAGAGUUUACUUCGAAAUGGCAGGGAUGCCGUUCAGUGCACAGUACAGUGUCCUGUCGUGUUUAGUGCUUUACCUGAACCAGUGCGAGUAACAGCUUUACUGUACUUGCGAUUAGCGAACAUAGGUCAUCCAUCUUCUAAUCAAAUAGAUCUGGUCCAUAGUCGCACCACCUGUGUGGUGAAUCGUCGCCUCAAAGGGCUUGGUGAGGAAGGUCCUGAUAGUUAUCGAAUACGGGCUAAGCCACUGAAUCCUGUCCAUGAUAGUAAUCUGCAAAAAUUCCUACAUGCUCAAAGACUCGACAUUCAACAAAGAUAUGAAGAUAUUUUUGAUGAACAAAGCUACGACCGAAUUCGUCAAUGGGAAAAACUCAAAUAUGGAGUAAUUCCAACACAACAAAAGACGACAGUUAAGAAGUUUCUUUUUGAAGAGGAGUUAGAAGUUUAUCGAAAGUUACGCAACCAAAGUAAAGCCUCGAAACUUCUUGAAGCUGUUUUCCAAGGCAUCACAUCCCGCCAUUAUAUCUUUCCGACUAUUGGUGAAAAGUCCUUCUUUGAAUACUUGCUGCAGAACACCUAUCCGGAACCAGUAAAUUGCGUUAUCGAAAUUGAUGUGCCUGGUCUAAGCAUAGUGACUGAUAUGGAUGAGUGGUCGUUUUAUAAACGUGCAAAUUCAUUGGAAACACCCAUGGAAAAGAACCUUGUUCUGCAAAAUAGUGGCCACAUGGAAAUUUUUUUGAAACCAAUGGAAGCCGUGCACGUACCGUUUUUGUACGAUGAUCUAAAAGCUACGAAACAAAUGGACGACAAGAUUACUUCCACAAAGGUCGUAUUCCGCAGAUGGGACAACUCGUCCGCAAUCUCGAUUUUGGACCUACGAAUUGAACAUCGUCCAUGUGUUGUCAAUGAGACAUAUCGAUUCUUCACUGAAGCCGCUUCAAAUUGCGAAAGAAUUAUAAAAAUUCGAGGAAUAGCAAAGGAUCGACGAAUUGGAAGUGUCUUGUGCUUGGAUCCUAGCGCAAAGGUUUUACUGCAGCAUCAUGGUCUUGAACAGGAGUUGGCAGUUACGGCAUUUGCGGGUGAGCCGACCAGCGUGCGAGUUUUGUUGGUGUUGUUAUACGGAGAUCGUUAUGGAUACAGGCUUUUGUCGACGUGGCGAAUAAUGAUCCACGCCCUACAGCGGAUCGAUCUACACAGUACUAUGGGACAGUCAGUUAAGAUACCUAUUACGCUUAAGAGGUAG